AUGGAUCGUGUUGCUGCAGUAGAGGCUGUCCCUGCAGCUCCUGGAGUGCCUGGGGUGGAGGCCAAGGCAGCAGUGCCCAGCACUAUCAGAAUUGUGAUUGGUGUCAAGAUCUAUCCACUAUACAAUGACAACUUUGCAAUGUUAGUCUUAUACUAUCAGAAUAGUGCUGCUGCCAAUCCUGUCAGGAUCAUCUCUUGCGGUACAAACCAUUUGAAUCGAUCCAACGCUAUCCCAAUAGUCAGAUCUAUAUCACCAGCAGGAUACGCCGCCCCAUAUGGCUAUGAAGGAGUGAUGCCCCCAGAACCUCCUGUCAACUUAGACCUUCCCAAUCCUCUCAAUCUGUUGAAUCCUUGCAAUGAUUAUAAUAUUCCACUUUACCAACUCCAGAUACCGACUGGUGAACUGUUCAAUGGAACUCCUCUACCCCAAGUCUUUCCAGCCUUCUUCACCGUGGAUCUAUAUAAAAUCCAAAGAAGACUUUUAGAAUUCCUUCUCGACGAAGAGGACGAUGAGGACGACGAACAAGAUGACGAAGACGAUGAAGAAGACGACGAAGAGGACGAAGAGAUGGAGGAAGAAGAAGUGGAAGACGAACAGGAUGACGACGAAGACGACCAAGAGGAGGAAGAUUUGAAUGAGGAUGUGGACGAUGAGGACUAUUGA